AUGGUCAAACGCAAGCGCAACGAGUCUAUCAAGGAGGAGGCGGUGACUGCUGGAUCAUCUACCAAGACAGCCAAGUCAGCAGCCACUCCAUCAGAAACUCCUGAUGCCGCCGUUACAGUCCAGGUUGUGACGGGUUCUUACGAACGAGUACUGCACGGCUUCACAGCUGGUAUCCCCGUGUCUGCUUUUCUCAAUGAACGAGGCUCUUCAAAGAACGAUGAGAACUCGAUACAAUGUGUCGACUCUUUUCUAUUCGAGGCACAUGGCUCCGCCAUUCGCUGCCUCGCGUUGUCCCCAUUGCCCAAGCCCACCGACUCACCGGAUGCGCAGAAGGUCUUCCUCGCCUCGGGGUCGACUGACGAGAGGAUUCAGUUGUACUCGCUGGCUGCCGCACCUUUGGCUGUGAACGACGAAUAUCCAUCGGUGCCAACCCUCGCUGGCAACAAGAUUCUUGAGAACCCCAAGAACCGCGAACUCGGGUCGCUUCUCCAUCAUUCUGCCAGUAUCACUGCCUUAAGCUUCCCCUCUCGCAGCAAACUCCUCGCAGCUGCCGAAGACAACGAAAUCUCUAUCUCCAAAACUCGUGACUGGUCGGUUAUCUCAACUAUUAAAGCGCCACACCCCAAGGUUCAGGGUCGCCCAAGCGGCGAUACUGCCCCACCAGGAGCUGCCCCGUCCGGUGUCAAUCAUUUCGCGGUCCACCCGAGUAUGAAAUUGAUGUUGAGUGUUGGCAAAGGCGAGAAGUGUAUGAGACUCUGGAACUUAGUCACGGGCAAAAAAGCCGGUGUGUUGAACUUCGGACGCGAAAUUCUGCAGAGCGUCAAGGAGGGGAAGUAUAGCAGUGGAGAAGGACGUCGCCUAGCAUGGAACACUGCCGGCGAGGAGUUCGCUGUGGCAUUUGAAUGGGGUGCGGUUGUAUUUGGUAUUGAUUCUACGCCCAAAUGUCGAGUCUUGCCUAGUCCUCGAAGCAAAAUCCACGAAAUGAAGUAUGUGUCUGUGGCAGGUGAUGGCCAAGAAACGAACGACCUUCUCGCUGUGUCUACCGAGGAUGGCCGUGUGGUAUUCUACUCGACCACUACGCUGCAAGAACCAGAGGACAGCGACGAAUCGACAAUUUCCCAUGCCACUGCGGUUACCCAGAUUGGCGGGAAACAAGCUGGCUUCCCCGGAAGAAUCAAAGAUUUCGAAGUUCUGAACCUGAACAACCAAGCGGCCAAUAUCAGCCAAAACUUGCUCGUAGUCACUGGAAACAGCGACGGCGUGGUUCGUAUCUGGACUGUCAAUCGAAAGUCUCUCGCUCCUACCAAGAGCGUGAAAGCCGUCAAAGCCGCCACCGAAACGGUCAGACAGGCGGGGAGCCUUUUGACAACAUACGAAACUGGGAACCGAAUCACUUGUCUCGCUGCCUUUGUCAUGCUUCCAGCCGAGGAUGUUUCGACUCUUUUCGACUCGGCAGAUGAGGAGUCUGAAGAGGAGGAGGAGGAGGAAUCUGAUAGCGACGAGGACGAAGAGUAG